AAGGAAAAAUAAAACGUCUCUCGAGUUGUCUUCGCCAGAAAGCUACAUUUUAUUUCUAGCCUUUUAAUUUCGUCUUUGUAAAAGUUAUCUUGAUGUUUCAUAGCAUUGUAGAAUAUUAUGCCGGUAGCCAGGACAGAUGUGGCUACUGCAAAAGUCCCAAUACGCAUUUCAGCCAUGGUAUGUGGGCACAUUCCAUGACUGUGAGCGACUAUCAAGAUCUCAUCGAUAGAGGGUGGCGGAGAUGUGGAAAAUAUUGUUACAAGCCGACUAUGGAUGUUACUUGCUGCCCUAUGUACACUAUAAGGUGUAGAGCGUUAGAAUUUAAAGCAACAAAGUCUCAGAAGAAGGUAUUGAAGCGUUUCAAUAAAUAUUUAGUGGGACAAGAUGGGAAUGAGAAAUCUGAGCCGACCGGAGAUGGCAACAGGAAGAUGUCUACUUGCAGUAGUGAGGCUGACAUGGCAGAGGGGGUGGAACAAUUCCUGGAGAGUACAAAUGUGCCACAGAACAUUAACAUUAGCAACAUUGUGAAGGCAGAUGGAGAAGAUGCUUUAGAAGAUGCUAUAGAGCAAUCUAAAGAUGAACCAAAAGUACAAAUAGAAUCUGUUACGAAGCCAGUAAGCAAUCCAUUAGAAAAGAGUAAGCCAAAAGAAACGAAAAAAGGUGAAGGCUAUGACCCAGCUAAAGCUCCAAGUAAAAAAGCAAAGCAAUUGAGAUUGGAGAGGAAAAUGGAGAAACUUAAGGAAAAGGGAAUUGAUAUUAACUCUUUGUCCAAUACAAAGAAAAAUAAGGAAAAAGAAGUGGAGGACUUCAUAGAUGAAUUACCCGAUGAUGUCAAGUACAAAUUAGAGAUAAAAUUAGUGCGAACUGCACCUCCAAGCCCUGAAUGGGAGGCGACCAUGAAAGAGACUUGUGAAGUUUAUGCCAAGUAUCAGACAAUCAUACAUAAUGACAAACCUGAAAAAUGCACACCAACAAAGUUUCAUGGUUUUUUAGUGCAGAGCCCAUUGCUGGAAGAACAUAGCGAAUCUGCCCCUCCAUGUGGCUAUGGCUCUUUUCAUCAACAAUAUUGGCUUGACGGAAAGCUCAUAGCCGUUGGUGUUAUAGACAUACUACCCAAGUGUGUCUCAUCAGUCUAUUUCUUCUAUGACCCAGCAUAUACACAUCUUACACUGGGCACUUAUGGAGCUUUAAGAGAGAUAGCAUUCACGAGACAGCUGCAGUCAGUCAGUCCCGCACUAAAGUAUUACUACAUGGGCUACUACAUCCACUCCUGUAAGAAGAUGCGAUACAAGGGCAACUUCUAUCCUUCAGAUCUAGCGUGCCCUGAGACUUAUAAAUGGUUCCCAUUAAAGGACUGUAUUCCUAAGCUCGAAGUAACGCCAUAUUCUAGACUAGAUCCGGACAUUGAUAGUGUUGACGAUAAUUAUCCGAAAGAUGACGAUAUUAAUUAUGUACCCGUCUUGGCCAAAGGUGUUGUAAUGCCAUAUAAGACUUAUAAGAGGAAAACUAAGAAGGGUAACUUUGAAGAGCUCUUGCUGCAGUAUUCACAAUUGGUUGGAGUGGUUUGUGCCAAGCGGAUGAUAAUAGUAAGUCAAUAAUGUAGUUACUAUAGAAAAUGUUGUUCUUUCUAGUUUAAAUCUCACCCUCAAUGUGAAAUCUGCUUGUUAUUUGUACUUAAAUAGUGUUUUGCGAUGGAAUAAUAUUUAGUGUAAACUAUCGUCGCCAUUUACUAGUGUUUUACGGAUUGUAUCCGGGUGUUGACGCCUUUAUCGACGCCGCAUCAGCAUAAUAAACAGGAUGCGUAGCCGACAUGCCAAUGUUAACGCUCCGUAGCGAACGAAACGCAACUGUCAGUCGCUCUAAUAUGGAAGAGUGGUAUAUAGAGAUGAUUACACUACGCCACGGAACGAUUGGCACGUUGACUAAGCACCCAGGUGACGUUUUAUACCUACGUAAGACUAAAUGUCUUAAGGUGCACCAGACGAGAUGAAAUUAUCAUGUCUGAUGAAUGUCUCUGUGCGGUUUAAUACUAUUAAACUUUACCUACGACAAAAUUUAGCGAACCCUUUACCGUUGACACUGACAGACGGUUUGUUGCAACCCACCCUUAGCCGAUUCGGCGUUUACAAAUGCGGUGACACUCUUACGGGCCAAUUAUGCAAUUAUUCUUGCGGGCCAUGCUUAUAAUAUAAGAUAUCACAGCGAUACAGGCCGCGUAGCCAAGAUGCCAAUCGCUUACGCUCCGUAGCGAUCGAAACGCAACUGUCGCUGUCACACUAAUAUGGAAGAGUGAUAGAGAGACAUAACGCUUUUCGUUGUCGAAGCGAUAGCGAUUGUUACCUUGGCUAGGCCGGCAGUACCGAUCUCAGUGUCAAAAGUGACGUUUUUGGUUGAAGAAAUGUCACUUUUAAAACUGACUGAUCAGAGCGGCUACCGCGAAAACCGAAAUUCGCAAAUUGCGGGGAUCUUUCUCUUUUACUCCAGUGAAGGCGUAAUUAGAGUGACAGAGAAAAAUGCCCGCAAAUUGCGAACUUCGAUUUUCGCGGUUAUAUCCCAGUAUCGUAUCGCUGUGACAUUAGCAUUGUUCGGAUUGGGCCAUUAUAGUCAUCCGAAUAAAGGUCUAUAAGUAGUUGCUCAACAUACAAAUACUUCAUGAAUAUCAAUUUUCAUAUAAGUUCUAAUAAUAAACGUCCGAUAUGUCUAACUAGUCAUAAUCAAUAAGAUGAAUUCAAGUUUUCUGAUACUAAUGUUAUUCAAUGUACACCACAUAAAAGCAAAUAAUUACACACAGUCACACAGCGAAUAUCACAAGCGGUUUAUAUUUAAAAAAAAACAUCUUCGAGUCAACCUUUGGUAGAAAGGUUGGAACGCAGCCAAUUCAUUUGUGAUGGUUUUGGGGCAUUCCACGAGACUGUCGCUCACAUAACGCAAUUCUUCUAAUACUUCUGGAAAUGCUGAGUAAGCGAUAUUGGGUCAGGUAAUAUUUCAUGACUUGGCUAACAAAUUGGCGGUAUAUUCUCGAGAUUCACGUAUUUUAUUGAGGUAGCUGCCAUACAAGGCAAAAGCGUUAUGUAAGCGACAGUCUCGUGGAAUGCCCCUUUUAAGUAAAAGGGGACACACUGUCGGUAGGUACCUAGUCAAUAUUGCGGUAAUUAAUAAUAAACUUAUCGACAACCGACACUGUGGUAACUUUUGCUUGAAAACGCCGCAUGUAUGAUUAAGCAAAUCUGCAUACAUAAGUCUUUGUUAGGAAUACCUAACUCAAAAUUAUAUUAUGCCCAGUAGGAGUACCUACGAAUCUUUAAUCUAUUAUAUAAUUCCUGAAACAAAAACAUGUUUUAUUGAUGUUUUCAUUUACAAACCUGUCUUUUUCAUUUGCAUACAUAGUGUAAAUGAAAAUUUUCAGGAGGUAUCUUUGAUUUAGAGAGAUAUAUAUAUAAACUGUACUGUACUGUAUUAUUUAUAAAAAAU